GACUCAACAUCUGCCAGGAAAAUCCAACUAGAGGGAGCGUGAUAAAGGUGCAGAAAGCCUGGGGCCGGGAAAGUUCUGGGAAUUGGUUCAAAAAGAAAAAAAGAAAGAAAAGACUCCGGCUCUGGAUCAAAGCCCCACUUCCCCGGGUCACGUGUCCGCGCCGCAGUGACACCCCAUUUCCGGUCCGACGCGGACAGCAUCCCCUGCACUUCCGGUCCGUCCGGUCGGCUGCCGGCUCGGUUUCCCGAGCGCCCUUCGUCCUCUGACCCGCUGCCCAGCGCCGGUACAGCUUGCAGUACAGUGUUCCCCGGGGCGCGCCUCUAGGCCAGGCAGUGCGGUCUGCAGUCCCCUUCCUCCCAGAGUUGACGAGGUGCGGGAACCCGUCCGUCCAGCCUGCCGACCAUGCCUGCGGGCGUGUCCUGGACCUCGUACCUGAAAAUGUUCGCCGCCAGCCUCCUGGCCAUGUGCGCCGGCGCCCAAGCGGUGCACAGGUACUAUCAGCCGGACCUGACAAUACCUGAAAUUCCACCAAAGCCUGGAGAACUCAAAACAGAGCUUUUGGGACUGAAAAAGAGACAGCAUGAACCUCACAAUCCAACUCUGCCAAGAACUUUGUGAAUAAUAUUAUGAGAAUUAAAUACAUAUUUAAAAAAUUUAA